AUGUCCAAGCUUUCUCCCUUGCCGGCCUAUGCCUGGGAUGGAUCGUGUCUAGAGAUUUCCGAGACAAUUAAUGCCGUCAAGAGUGCGCGGAACUACUCGACCAUCAACGUCUCACAGCUCGACGAUCAAGUGGCAGGUUAUGGUCUCUCGGAGGCGGUCAGGCUGAACCUGCUGGACAAAAACAUUGAGCUUGCGAGAACGGAUCUAGAAUUUCUAGACGCCUUUGUGAAGAAGCAUCAAUCUGUCUGCUUCUGGGUCAAGCCCACAGCUGGUACAACGAUAAACUGCGUACAUGCUUAA